GGCAAAGGGAGGAAAAAUGGAUGGGAAGGAUCUUUUCAAAGCUGAGUUUGUUCUCAUCACCGACUCAGAUGAAGAUACAAAGGCUAUUUUGGGCAACGGCUACGGACAUGAAAGUUCCGAGGGCUUAGCUGUGUUCCAUGUGUCCAGUGGUGAUGAGUGCAAAGGACAGGGGAAUGUGCCACAGAUGCAACAACACACUGACCUUUCCUGCAGUUCAGCCAGUCCACACAAACCCUCUCAGUUAACUUCUCCUCUGUCUGCUUCUGAUCACCUUUCCCAUAAAUCACCUGCUGCUCCCUUACUUUCUCCAACUAAUCUGAAAGUAGAACACGGACUGGCCGUUCCAGGCCACCAGGCUUCUUCUCACCAAGAAUCUCAUAGCCAGUGGCGGUCUGCAAAUGGAUCCUGCAUCCACCAGACAUCCACCUAUUUCCAGUCUGCUACGUCUUCCAGUUUGCCUUCCUCCAUACCGAAAAUACUCCCUUCCUCAUUUGAAAGCCUCGCAGAUCAUGCUCAAUUAUCCCACAAUGUUCAGGUUCACAAACCCGAAAAGGAAUCCACCUCUUUUCCACGGCCAUUAAGCAAGGAUUCCUGUCCUCCCUCACAGAUUCUCACUUCAGCGGAUGUUCCUCCGGGCUCGUCCCCUCAGGCCUAUUCUCCUCUUCCUCCCAAGAAACUGGCCCCUUGGCCCCAGGUUCCCGUUCAUAUUACAACACACGUCUUAUCACCAAGUCCCACCCAACUGCCACCUUCUCCACACGGAUCCUCCUCAAAUAUAUAUGAUGCAAACAGCUCCUGUAGCCAAAUGCCCUUAAGUGGCAACCCGCCAGUGUCUAGAGUUAAAUCUCCUCUUCCAACUAGACUUUCUCUUUUGACUGCUAUUCUGAAGUCAGGGUCUUCUCCAAAAAGGCCAUUUUCUCCCGCGUCUUGUCCUGCCACUUUUUCUCCCAGUUCUUUCGAUUCUUCAACUCUGGCAAUUGAGCAGAAAUUUAAAACUACCCCUCCCACUCCCAAGAAAGCUGCUUCACAGUUUUCUAUCUUCAGGUCAGAUUCCCCAUACCAAGAUGAAGGUCACUCUUCAGGGCUUUCUAGCACGCCAAGGGACAGGAUGGUCUCCUCAAAGUCCAGUCCUACCCUUCAAACUUGGUCUCCGUCCCCUGAAAGGACGCUUGAUUCCGGGACAUGUUCCCCUGACAAACUGCGUCCUUUGUCACCCACAAUUUCAUCCUACAAGAAAACAGUUGUCUCCCCUCUGUUAAAACCCAAACUGACCAGUUUUUCCUUACCUCCCCAUGUUUUGAGGCAAAGGGUCCUCAAAACACGAGAGCCUGAGAAGUCUACAAAAGUACGCACCUGCUCUCCCACUUUCACUGCCAAGUCCCAUCCAACCCCAACCCUUGCAGUCAACCAAAGGGCCACAGUUUCUCCCACAGCACAAAAACUGUCUUACUCUGCAGCUCCUGUGCAUUCUAGUAAUCAGCCUAAAGAACAUUUGCUACGUGUCUCUGCGAAGGACCGAGGUACGAAUUUGUCAACUCAUUGGCCUUCUUAUCACCAAGAUUCACCGUCAUCUGCUCCUCCAAGCUGUAACAUCAACUCCCCUUUGCUUCAGACAAACGCAUCCCCUCUUCAUUCAAACUUCAGAACUUGCCUGCCCUGCUCAAGACACAAGUCCCCAGUGAUCACGCCACCCAGAUCCCUGGCCAGAAAGCAUUCUCCUUGCCCACAGUUGUCAAGAUCAAGGGAGACUAGCUCACCGCUGUCCUUUUCCUUGCCUUCUGAUUGUGAGAAUAAGACUCCUCAGUCAUACAAGAUCAAUGCAAGCUACAAGACACUUGCAGCCAUCCCAACAAACACACUGCUUCUAGAACAGAAGGCACUCGAUGAACAAAUCAAAACAGAGCUAGAUGCUGAGGACAGAACUUUGGAUACACAUUCAGAGAUGUGCUCGCCUGCCCAACUCAGGCAACAAACGGAAGAACUUUGCGCUGCUAUUGAUGAAGCCUUGCAAGAGCCUUUGGCCAGGCGCCGGUGUAAUUCCUCUCCAAGUUCCCUGAAGAACAUACUCGAUUCAAGUACAGGCAAAAUGUCUACUGCUCCACAGAGGCCAGCUGGUCGGGAAACCAAAUAUGCCAAUCUCUAUUUAACGGCUCCUGCAGUGACUGAGACACAAAAGACAAAGCCUGGGGUAAUCCGACCAACAACUGUAAAAGCAAAAAUAAUGAUAAAAGAAGAAGAGCCUGUCCAGCCAAACCCCUUCAGGAAGUAUUUGGAAGAAAGAAGUGAUCUUCAGACUGAACAG